ACACAAACAUGUCAUUUCAUGAUGGCUGCUGUGAAUAAUGCUAGUUAGCAUGAGGACGAAAAGUGACGUUUUUCGGGGGGGGGGGGAAUAAGCGGUAUUUCAAUCUUCUCGGUGGAGCAGUGAGGAUGAAGGUAACAUUUGGAGUGCAGUGGCAUAUCCCAUCCCUGUAUCGAGGUACGUUUUUCAACCCGUAUCCCAUCCCUGUUUCGAGGUACGUUUUUCAACCCGUAUCUCACGCUGGCGCCACAUAAAAUAUCAAUAGGCUGGACUCUCUUACCAUUUAAAGCCUUUUAAUGUUAUUUUACUAUUUGACCCACAAUCCAGCCAGUCCUUCAUCACUCAGAAGAAAAGUUCCCACCCACACACUGGGUGUACCUAGCUAACAUAUCUGUUAACUAGCCUAGUUCCAGGGUGCGCAUGAUUUACAUCCUGGGGUAGCCCGUUUCACCCAGGAAGGGAUCUUUUUUUUUAUUGUCAGGGUUUAGAUCUUUAGUGAGUGUAUGUCAGAGAUGGUGAAAUGGGCCCAGACAACAGCACAAAGGGCGAGAAGGUCGAGACACUAAUACAUCAUGCAAAGCAGAAACAACUGACAGUAAGAGAGUCCAUGAUUGAGUCUUUGAAUGAAGAGAUGGAGAUAAAACUGUCCAGUUUGAGUGUUCAAAUGUCCAUUAUCAGGUAAAAUCACUACCUUCUCUCUACCUAACUACCCUCUGUCUUCUACCUUCUACACUGAAAUUCUCCUCUCUAACUCCUCUCUGUCUUCUACACUGAAAUCCUCCUCUCUAACUCUCCUCUGUCUUCUACACUGAAAUUCUCCUCUCUAACUCCUGUCUGUCUUCUACACUGAAAUCCUCCUCUCUAACUCCUGUCUGUCUUCUACACUGAAACGACUGGACAAGAGAAAACAGAAUACACCACUUUUACAUCCCGUUAUCAGAUGUCUAGGAUGGAGAAGAGAAGGGGAUGGAAGAGGAGGCCACAAGAGGGGCGGGACCCAGGGUUCCAGAGCAUCAAAUUCCUGAUGCAUUCCGAGACGGAGCCUCACGAGGGAAAGCGGAAGGUGGAGUCCCUGUGGCCGAUAUUCAGACUGCAUCAUCAGAGGAGCAGAUAUAUCUUCGACUUGUUCUACAAGAGAAAGGCCAUCAGCAGAGAACUGUAUGACUACUGUAUAAAGGAGAGUUAUGCUGAUAAGAACCUGAUCGCUAAGUGGAAGAAGCAGGGAUACGAGAACCUGUGCUGCCUUCGCUGCAUCCAGACACGAGACACCAACUUUGGAACCAACUGCAUCUGUCGAGUUCCCAAGAGCAAACUGGAGGUGGGGAGGAUUAUAGAGUGCACCCACUGUGGCUGCCGAGGCUGCUCGGGCUGAAUCGUCAGGAUCAUCGCCUGGCUGUUCUACUCUGGCUCGUCUAGUCAGGUCUGGAUCGCCUGGCUGUUUUGCUGUGGGGAUCGUCUGGCCUGGCUGUUCUGUUCUGGAUCGUCAGUUAUUUUCUACGGGACAUCAGGGCUCAUCUACUCCACCUGUGUGCUUCAUUACCCUGGAGUGUCUAAUCUCAAAUACACCCCUAGUUUCUACCCCCCUACUCUCUAGCCCACUACUCUCUAGCCCACUACUCUCUAUUCCCUAGUCUCUACCCCCAAGUCUCUACCCCCAAGUCUCUACCCCCUACUCUCUACGCCCUACUCUCUGCCCCCUACUCCCUACUCUCUAGCCCCUACUCUCUACCUCUCUACUCCCCGUAUAGGGGUGUCUUUGUGAUUGGGCAAGGUUAUUGUUACCAUUCCAGCUGUGUAGUACACACGGUGGUCAUUCUUAAGUGCUAUUGUACCUCAUUUCCAAUGAAGAGGGCUGUGGGAGAGGGAAGGGUGGGAUGGGAGCCUUUUUCUGCUGUUGAACAUGUCAUUGC